AUGCCGUCGACUCUAUACCAGGACUAUCCCCCCGACUUGACCCAGGGAGAGGAGGAGUACCUGUUGUCCAACCUCAAGGACUGGUGCAUCGCACACGGUAUAGCUGUCCGACCGCCACCGUCUUUUGUCUCGAAGGGGCAGGAUCCAUCUGGUGUGUUGGCCACAACGGCCCCGGUCACGUUGUUUCCGAGUCUUUUCCCGAGGUCAUGCUUUGAUGAGGCGCAUGCGAUUCAGACGACUUAUAAUGAGUUGUAUGCUGCUAUUGCCAGAGAUGAGGAGUGGUUGUAUGGGAUUGUCAAGGAGCUCGUGGGUAUCGACGACUUCACGGCCAAGCUAUGGGAAGUUCAUGAAGCCGUGAAGAAGGAGGGCUAUGUUCAGGUAGGUCUUGCUGGCCCCACUUACCGGAUUGAAUUCUUACGAUAUCAGGCUCUCACACUAGGACUAUUUCGCUCAGACUACAUGGUCCACCUGGAUCCUUCAGACUCAAACGCCAGUCCAGAGAUCAAGCAAGUCGAGUUCAACACAAUCGCGUCAUCCUUCGGAGGCCUCUCAGGUGAAGUAUCGCAGCUGCACAACGUGCUCUCCAAGAUCCGAGCGUAUCCUCAAUCAGCCAAAAGAAUUAUCACAAAAUCAAACAUGCCCGUCAGCGAGUCCGCCUCCAAUCUGGCCGCUGGAUUAGCAGCCGCACACCACGCGUAUGGAGAGCCCCAGAUCUCACGCGAGACCUGCGUGCUCUUCAUCGUGCAAGACCCAGAGCGGAAUGUGUUCGACCAGAGACACUUGGAGUGGAAUCUGCAGAAGCAGGAUAUCCGGACGUUCAGGUUACCAUUCCACCGCACUCUCAUAGAUACAAGACUCGAUUUCAAGCGCAAGCUCGUCUACACUCCUCCACACGCGCCUGCCACAGCUUACGAGGUAACGACCGUCUACUUCCGCGCAGGCUACUCACCUGACGACUAUCCCACGCCGGAAGCGUGGGCUGCCCGCUUGCAUCUGGAGCGAAGCAACGCGAUCAAGUGCCCUAGCAUCCUCACUCAGCUAGCUGGUUGUAAGAAGGUGCAGCAGGUACUUGCAACACCCAACUCGCUGCAUCUGGAACGGUUCCUGGGUACCAAGGAGAAGAUAGACCGAGUGCGCGCGACCUUCGCCCCCAUCUAUCCCCUCGAUUCCUCUGAAGCGGGACUAGAGGCGAAGAAGUUGGCCACAGAGCCCGAGACGGCGCAGCGGUACGUGCUGAAGCCGCAACGCGAGGGGGGAGGCAACAACAUCUACCGCAUGGCCAUCCCGAAGUUUCUCAAGUCGGAGCCAGAGGAGAAUUGGCCGGCGUAUAUCCUGAUGGAGAUGAUAGAGCCGCCAGCGCAGAAGAAUGCUAUUUUUCGGAACGGCGAGGUGCAGAAGGGUGGAGUGAUAUGCGAGCUAGGCAUCUACGGAGCGUGUCUGUGGAGGAACGAACUGGAGGGGAGUGGUACGAAGAGCGAAGUGUUGAAGAACACGCAGGCUGGGUACCUACUACGAACCAAGGGCGACCAGAGCGAAGAAGGCGGUGUAGCUGCGGGAUUUGGAGCGAUUGACAGCGUGUGCUUGGUGUGA